GGAUUGCUCAAAGAAGUUUGCCUGACAAGCAACGGCUGAACAAAUUCGAGAUCAAAGUUGACCGACAGGUGAGACCGACUCUGACUCUCCAAUCCCAGGGCUUCCUCUACACAUUUCGCUGGGAUCCGGGCGUGGGCACUAGCAAUUAGCGGACGAGCCGACUGAGGGUGAGGCUUACGCCAAGGGUCAGUGCGAACAAACACUUGACCAUGGCAUCUUUGGUAUAAAGCACUCGAGUUAUCCUCUGGCAAAUGCUUUCCUUUCUCCAUCCACUACAUUCGCUAAUAACAAUCAUCCAACUUCGACUUCGGUCUUUACACUCGCUUCAGCAACCAACCCAUUAAUAUAAUCACUCGCCUUUUCCCAAACCACCACCACCAACCCAACACCAUCAAAAUGCAGUUCACCAUCGCCGCCAUUGCUGCCUUCGCCGCCUCUGCCUCUGCCGCAGCCCUCAACACCACUGUUGCUGCUGCCCCCGUCUACGUUACUGAGGUCGUCACCCACUUGACCACUUUCUGCCCCGCCAGCACAACUUUGACUGUUGGAUCUCACACCAUCACUGUCAGCUCUGCUACUACCCUCACUGUCAGCAACUGCGAUUGCACUAUCGUGAAGACUUCUUCCAUCCCCGUCGCUGCUCCUACCGCCCCUGCUGCCACCGCCCCCGUUGUUACUGCUCCCUACGUCAACGGCACCAUUGCCACCUCCACCAAGGCUUCUGGUCACGCUUCUGGCACCGGCGCCGCUACCACCAAGCCCGCUGCCUUCACCGGCGCUGCCAGCAUGAACACCCUCUCCGGUGCCGCUGCCGCUCUCGCCCUUGCUGCCUUUGCCCUCUAAAUGUGUUGAAAACACUUCAGAGCCGGGUCUGAGAUGGUUAUAAUGUUUUCUGAUCAUCUGGGGCCCAAGGGCGAUCUUUAUGGAUGAGACAUCUCGUAUAUCCUGUACAUCUGCUUGGUGCUCAUAUCUGCUUUUAUUCUUUUCUGUUUCUAAUGAUACCCCCAUCUCAAGGAUGAGGUCAUGGUUAUAUACCACCUGCAAGGGUUUUUUGGGCUUGCUGUCAAUCUUACGAAGGAAAAAUUAUCUGUUUAAAACUUACAUCUUUCCCUUUGUCCAGAGAGUGAUUUAUGGUUGAUAUCUUCUGUAGUCGCUCUCUGCUGGCAAUCCAUUUUUUGUGCCUUGCAAG